UUUCGAAUGGGCAAACAAUAACAAACUACUAAAUUUUUUUAGUAAUUAACUUUCUCUGAAUUUUUUUCUGAAAUUACGGCAAAAUUUUCGUCGAUAGUAAAUCUUGUUGUUUUUAAAAAUCGUCAGAAUUGUUAGGAUUUGUAAUUUUGAAAAGUUUUCUUAGCAAAAAGUAGGGGAAUCACACGGAAGAGGCAGUUUUUAUUAACUCUUUAAUCUGAUAGCAGAAUUUGGGGUUUUUAGCAUUUUCAUCGGUUUCUUUUACUUCAAUCGGACUCCUUGAACCAGUCCUCAUAUUUGUGGAUUUCUUUGUGAACAGCUCUACAAUAGCAUUUUCAGUUUUAUGAAGCAAAACCAGCUCUCUCGAAUCCGGAUGGUGCAGGGUGGAGGUGGACUUGAUCUAUAGCGAAGGGUGUUACUCUCACUCUCAUCAUCUCACCGUUUCAUUUCCUCUUCUCAAAACCAAAAUCGUGGUGUUGAGUUGAAUCUGUGUAUUCGUUUCGUGCAAGCACAGAAGAAACUGCUUGUGUCCUCGUUUCUCAUCACAACAAGUAUCGAGAGAGGCUUAGGUUUAGUAUAACUGAGUACGUGGUUGAUGGUUAAGACAUCAUCUGCUAAUCUGCCAUAUACACCACGGUUUGUAAAAUCGGUGGAAUUAUUCCACUGUUUUGUUACAUGGGGCGAUGAUGAUAUGGUAGCAUUAGGAGUAGUUAAUGGUCUCAACAGUUUGUACGAUAGGUUUUAAAUCAGUGACUAACUACAUUUUUGGAUGAAAUUAAAUUGAAAUCGACGAAUACGAUGGUAUUUGCAAUUGGAUGAAUCUACUCUCAAUUAAUUACGAAAGAAAGAGAAAACAAACCCAGAAAGAAAAAGCUGCAAGUAGUUGUUGACAGUGGAAAACAGUUGUGUCGUUUGCGUGUGUGUGUAAAUCGACAUUUUGUUUCCACUUGAUUAUUGAUUGCUUCCAUUUUCAUUCUGGAUUUCAAAUCAAGUGAGUAAGUGAGUGGGCGUUGGUGCAGAAAAAGUGCAAGUUGUUAUUUAUAAAAAUGAGCUCUACUGCUAUGCCUACGAUUUCUUGAUAACGUGAUUGGCUGGUGUUUGAAGAAUAUAAAUGCAUCAGGUCGGCGGACAUAGGCCGGUUUUCGAAAUUCCAAGAUUGAGAUUCAAAAGUGGAAACAGUAGGAUUAAAACCUAGUCAAACACAUCUUCCUCCUGAUCUUCGUGCACCAGGAUGGCGGUAGCAGUGGGGAAGAUGGAUCUAAACUAUACAGAUGGAAAGGCCAACUCUAAAGCCGUCUCCAUCGACAAUGAAGGAAACAUCACGGACCUAAACAGUGACGAUGGACAAUUUAGAGACGGGAAAAAAGGGUCGCGGCCUCCUCCUAUUGAGAUGACCACCAUCAACAACAGUACUGGGGGUCCGAAAACAACACCUGGUCCUUCAACACCUGGUCCUUCAACAGCGACCGGGUUGGGGACUGCUGGACGAGUUACGGUUGCGAGAAGUAAAUCAGAAAGAGAAAAGAAACUUGGUCAUCGAAGGAUUACUGAGGGCGGAGAUGUCACUUAUAAAAAAAUCCAGACUUCACAAAUCAUGGGGUCAAUCCAACUCGGCAUUCAACAUGCAAUUGGAGGACUAGCUUCUAAACCCGAAAGAGAUUUGCUGAUGCAGGACUUCAUGACAGUAGAACAAACUUAUUUUCCUCCGGGGGGCUCUAACUCAACUCCUGCUCAUCAUUACACUGAUUUUAAAUAUAAAACAUAUGCACCCAUCGCAUUUAGAUAUUUUCGUGACCUGUUUGGUAUUCAACCUGAUGAUUUUCUUAUGUCCAUGUGUAGUGAACCAAUGAGAGAAUUAUCUAAUCCUGGAGCUAGUGGAAGUAUAUUUUAUUUAACGACUGACGACGAGUUCAUAGUGAAAACUGUGAUGCAUAAAGAGUGUGAAUUCUUGCAAAAAUUACUACCAGGAUAUUACAUGAAUUUAAAUCAAAACCCAAGGACAUUACUUCCCAAGUUUUUCGGAUUGUUUAAUUACAUUUGUAACUCGAAAAACGUUCGUUUAUGUGUAAUGAAUAAUUUAUUGCCUUCAUCGGUGAAAAUGCACGAAAAGUACGAUUUGAAAGGAUCCACGUAUAAAAGAAAGGCAUCUAAAAAGGAGUGUCAGAAAGCAUAUCCCACAUUUAAAGACUUGGACUUUAUGGAAAAACACCCAGAAGGCAUCCUUUUAGAAUCGGAUACAUGUAACGCUCUAAUAAAAACCAUGGAACGAGAUUGUCGCGUACUUCAGAGUUUUAAAAUCAUGGAUUAUUCUCUGCUCGUUGGUGUACAUAAUCUCGACCUUGCUGCUAAAGAGAAAGCUGAGAGGAGAGCAAAGAGAGCAGAGAGUGAUGGGGAUGAUGAUGAUGAUUAUGACGAUGAUACCGAAUUUUCACCGGGUUCUGGACUGAGUCGCAGUAAAUCAAUCAAUCGUCAAAGACUAGUCGCUCACUCGACAGCAUUGGAGAGUAUUCAGGCUGAAAGUGAACCCAUCGACGCGGAAGAUGACGUUCCACCCGGUGGAAUACCUGCGAGGAACUCUAAAGGAGAAAGGUUGCUGCUCUUUCUCGGAAUAAUUGAUAUCCUUCAAAGCUACCGACUCAGAAAGAAACUCGAGCACACGUUUAAAGCAAUGCUUCAUGAUGGGGACACGGUCUCUGUUCAUCGGCCAGGAUUCUAUGCUGAAAGAUUUAUGAACUUUAUGACAAAAACGGUGUUUAAGAAGAUUCCUUCACUGGAUAUGCCUGAAGUAAAGGGAAAUCAUCGUAAAUUCCGUAGCCUGGUUUCGACGUUUAUAGCCUUGAAACAUUCCCCUUCGAAAAAACGCUCAUCGGGAGGAACGAGGGGAAGACCUUCAGGAGAUCAGUCUGACGGCCAAGACGGAUUGAGUGGGGCGCUUGUUCCUACAUCUUCAUCGCUUAAUCCACCCGGAGCCUCCAUAUUACGACAAAUAAUUGCUGCAGAGAAAGCAGCAAAGGAACGCGAGCAGCGCGAACAAAGAGAGCGAGAGCUAGAAGGGACAGCGAGUGGGAGUGGUGGAAAUGCUCAACAACAUGAAAUUAGUUCGUCUUCGUCAGCAACUUCGCCUCCACCUCCGCCAGCAGCCGCACCCCCGCCUCAACAACCAUCCUCCUUCCCGGCAGUCCUGAGCCAGGAGAGAUCUGAUAGAACAGCGUCAACGAGACAAAAAGUUCCUCCACCAGUACCACCAAGAACGCCGAAAAAGAACAACGGCGGCUCAGAAGGUCAUAGUGGAGGCGGAAAAGAUGAGGGUGCCCCACUCCCCGUGAGUACUCCACCCCCACCAUUCCAAGAAAGUAAUCCAAACCCAGGCAAACCUAGUACUCAAUUUUCAAUAAUAAAUCCGAGGCAUCAAGUUGUUGGAAGUUUUUCGUCAUCGUCGUCUUCUAAGACGACGGGCGAAACUGAAACAGUUAGCAUCUCGGAAGUCUAUGUAGAAACAAGACGGGAUUAUCGUUCAAAUUUAAGUGUAGCAUCUUCAAGAAGUACGACUUCCGGCGUUAGUUCAAGUCAUCGCAUGACUCGUUCCCCACCCAGCGGAGCUCAUGAUAUGAAUAGAACUGCGACACCCACUUGGACAGAAGGCACCCCUUCUUUCACAGAGUCCUCGAGUAGUGGUGAUCUCGGUGAGGAUGAAAGCUGCCCUACUACACCAAUCAAGAGUGAAAGCAGUGGUGAUAAGAACAAGUCAAAGUUAGAAGCGGAUCAUGAAAACGAUAAUGAAAUGACUCAUCUCUGAUCUGUGAGAAAAAAGAGAGGCCUUCAUUAAUCUUGCCUAUGGUGGCGUUCGAAUUUCACAAGUCAGGGAGUGGAUGAGAGGUGAUAUUAUUUGCAGGGGAUGUCAUGUCAUGUAUGAAUAUUGAUGAGCAGUUUUUCGUGAAUUUCUCUAUGUAACAACACCACCAACGACAUUGAUGAUAAAGAAGUAUUGUUCCAUUAAUCAUUAUUGUUUUUUUUUUUAAUUUCAAUACUGUUGAAUGUGCCCAAAGAAUUUGAAAUAUAGAUAUAAAUACAUAUAUCAUGACUUAAUUUGUGAUGCCUUCUCGUACCUUCUCAUGGGAGUAAUUUAUAUAAUGUGUAUGUAAACCCAAAUUUUGUUACUAUUGAGUUCGUUAUACGUCAUACUUUUUCACCACGACUGUUUCAAAAUACAAUCAUGUCCAUCCGUAGUAGAAAGUCAAUGUGUGUCACAUAUUAUAUUUCGUUUCUCGUUUGUGUUAUUAUUAUACUCACUUUAUUCGUAAAGAUUGCCUCUGAUUAAUUAAUACUUACUUGAGAUACGCUACGGAUUAAGUAUAAUAGUUUAGCUUAUAGUAGUUAGCAUUUAAUAUUCUAUUUUGCUACUAUGUUUGAUGUUAAUCAAACCGAACCCGAAAUCCAAUUAGUUGAUGGGUUUCUUCAUAUAAUGUGUGAUUGACCUAUUAACAAUAUUUAUUAAAAAAACACUGUCCCAUUAAUGAAAUUGGAUUAUAUAGUAUUAUUAAUCAUCAGUCCUUUUCUGUGUGCGUACAGGAAACGAGAUCCGAAUUAGUGUCGGAUUUAAAAUGUAUGCGAGUAGAAUUAUUCAUAAUUCAGCGUCAAGUCAUUCAUCGUACGUAUACAUAAAUAGACUUGUAAUUAUCAAGGAGAAGGAUGGAGUGAAGUGGAGAUGUUGGUAAUAAUGUAAUGUACCGUGCAUGAGUAGUAGAUAUGUCUAAAAGAAAGGAAUAAGAGAUGGUUUUCUGAAAAAUAAAAAUGAAAAUAAAGAACGUCUUCCUUAUCAUAAAAUAA